CAUACUCGUGAAAGUUGUUGUUGGAGAGACAAGAGUGAACAGGAAACUCAGGAAACAAACAAAACCAAAGAAAAAACUAAAUGUUUAUGGAGUUUGGAUUUCUGCCACUGUUUUUUGUUAAGAAGACACCAUGAGACUGAGUUAAAGACACAGGUUUGAAGACAUCUCAGGAUUGAAUAAACCGAAAGUAAAUUAGGUAACAAAUAAAACAGGUUCACAGGCAUCUUCUGGUAGCAAUGGCAUCCCGUGAUACUAAUGACUACUUCAUCAUCACUGCAAAACCCACAUAUGGCUGGGUCACACCAGGAAAUAUAUGCUACAUAAAAGAGAAACAUUAUUCAACUCGAAAACCUCAAAAGAAGGACACUGUACCUGUGAUGCGUAUAGGGGGCACAAUAGAUUAUAACUUGCCCUAUGAUAUUCUGCAGCCCCUGACAAGGAAAAGGUCAGAAUUUCUUUUGGCAAUUGAAAGUUGUACAGACAGACUAAGGGAAGUGGCACACCCUGAGGCUUUAGAUCAAGCUGUGGAAAUAAAUGAAGGCUCAGACGUCCUAGUAGAGCAAAACACCCAGUGGCUUAAAGGCGUGGUUAGAUACAUCGGCCCGCUCUCCGAGCCGAGUCUUUUGGAUCCUAUUGCAGCAGUAUUUUUUGGAGUGGAACUGCAAGGAGAAGAUGAGGGCAAAGGGCAGAAUGAUGGAAGCUACAGGUACAAACCCCUCUUUAAAUGUCAGAAAGACUGUGGCAUUUUCGUCCCUUUCACCAGAAUCAGACUACUGCAUCCCAAACCGUCAGUUCCAUGGCCUAGCAUCCAAGACAAUCCCGCCAUGAAACUUUCUGUCGGAGAUCGCAUAACCUACAUCCUUGAUGAUAAAAGUGUCUGUCAGCAUGGGAUGGUCCUGAGUCCUAUGAAAGACGGCAUGAUUUUGAUCUCAACGGACGUAGAUGAACAUGGAAAUGCUGGAGGAGAGAGGAAAAUUCCCUGGCAUUGCGUUAUUAAAGAGGAUGAUGUCAAUACAGAUGAGUGGCAGAAAUGUAAAUCAGAAAGGAUGGACAUUUCUGAAAAUCGAGAUACAGCUCAGGAUUCAGGAGCUGACGGGGCUAUAAAAGUGGGUUCCACAGUGAUGGUUAAUCUGGCUACAGGACCCGCCUAUGGAACAGUGCGUUGGACUGGUUCUCUUCCAAACAUGUCUAGCAGCAUGGCUGGCCUGGAACUGGAAUAUCCAUGUGGGGUGAGUGACGGGACGUUCAAAGACGUUCGGUAUUUCACAUGUCCACCGAAGCACGGCCUCUUCGUGAAGGUCUCAUCUUGUCAGCCUGGUGAUCGUUUCCUGGGUGACACUGCAGUAAACGGACAUUUUGACCGCGAUAAAGAGGAUAUAGCCGUCCCACCCCUGAGGUCCGAGGACGUGAUGGCGGUUCUGAAUGGCCGGAUGAAGGGGGUCCAGGGUCACUGUAACUCCUGUUACAUGGAUGCUGCUCUCUUUAGUUUGUUUUCCUGCUCAUCAGUACUGGACUCUCUUCUGUUUAAAAAGACUAAACGUAUCGAUGAACCCAUUCAGAAAACUCUUUUAAGGGACAUCGUGUGUCCUCUACGCAGAAAGGGUUUUGUCCAGGCACAGAGUGUAAUGAAGCUUCGAAAGCAGGUAAAGGAGCGAGGCCACUGUCCUAGCUACACCACGGAUGAGAAAGAUCCAGAAGAGUUUCUUACUCUCCUCAUGCAGGACAUUCUGUCACUGGAGCCACUACUGAAACUGAAAUCAUGUGAUCAGCCUAAAGGUGUAACAGAGCUGGAGCAGACAAGUUACUUGUACCAAAUCUUCAUGGAUUACAACCACAGUCUGGUUUUACCAACAGUGCAGCAGCUGCUCGAGCAUUCUUUCUACAACAACGGCAUCAAACUAGCAGAGGUGCCUUCUUGCCUGAUCCUGACAAUGCCUCGCUCUGGGAAGCAGUUUAAAAUGUUUCCCAAAAUCAUUCCCUCACUGCAGCUAGAUAUCACUGCUCUUCUGUCCAACGGUCUUCAGCAGUGUGUGGUGUGUGGACAGCUAGCCCAUGUGGAGUGUAGCCAGUGCUUCACAGAUUCAGUUUUCAGCCAUACAGGAUUAAAAGUUUUCUGUAAUAAUUGUUCAUCCAAGGUCCACCUUCACCCCCGCCGACAGUUUCAUAAACCAUCAUCCCUGCAUCUCCCUGAAGGAUUCAGUUACUCGCAGAGUCUGGAACACACUCUUCCACGAGAGAAACUAGAGCUGUUUGCUGUUCUAUGCAUAGAGACUAGCCACUAUGUUUCUUUUGUCAAAUACGGACCGAAAAUAACCGACUGGAUCUUUUUUGAUAGCAUGGCUGACCGAAAAGGUGAGACUGAUGGCUUCAACAUUCCUGAGGUUAAAGCAUGUCCGGAGGUGGCACGCUACCUCAAUAUGCCACUAGCUGAGCUGGCUAAGCAGGUACCCCGUGAAAUGGAUGGUGUGGCAAAAAGACUCUUCUGUGACGGCUACAUGUACCUGUACCAGAGCCCCAGCAUGGCUUUGUAUCGCUGACACCAUCAAUCAAACAAAUGGCUACACUCCUGUCUACACAGCAAACAUUUAUUUUGAUUUCAAAGAAUACUGACGUGAGAAUUUUUUGUGACAAUGUUUUAUUAAGUUUCUAGGAAACAAUAAUCUGUGAUCUGGUGAGCCUCAAGAAAUCUACUCUGAACGGGGGAAUAAUGGAGUAAUUUUCUUUACCAUGUUCAAUAAUUCCAGAGUUUUUAUUGCCUUAUAAAUACACUAGAGUAAUGUAAUGUAAUAUCAAUCAUACCGCAUCCUAUUGUACCAAAUCCGGAAUUUACUGCCAGACCUGUAUAUAAUGAAAUAUCAUGCUAAUACUGUAUUAUAAAAACAUAAAAUAACCUGCUGUACAGUAUGAUAUAACAGUAUCAUUGCCAUAUAGAUGAAAGAAAGUCAAAAAUGACAAAAAAAAUUCUAAGAAAAAUACUAGAAACAUUUUUUUUCCUAAUAAGCUUUGCUAUUAAUGCUAUUUGAUCAUUUGUAGGAGGCUUUCCUUUUUAUGUGUUUAUUAGUAUUGUGUCUGUUUUUAUUUUUGGAAGGGCCUGUGAAUCAUCAGAAAAAAGUAGACUGAUGAAGAUGCACUUAAAUGUCUUUCUUACUUUGUAUAUCUAAUAUAUGUAGAGGUUUCUCAGGGAAAUUGCACUUUUGGGGACCAUUUAUUAAAUAAAUCUACUUUUACACCA